ACCAAGCAAGCAAGCAGAGUGGAAUUUAUUUUUCUCGGGCUACAGGUAGGCAGGCAGGUAGCGUGCAGCUUGCAGGCUGCCUGGCUCGCUGGGAGCGGGCUAUGGUAGUUACGGGGUAUGGGUACGGGGUUAUGGUUCUCUCUCGUGUGUGCGCUAGCUACCCCGCCGAUUGACAUGGCUCCUCGUCCGUUCGGAUUUAUAAAGACGGGGUACCUGGGCCUGAGAUUUCGAUCAUCUGGACAUCCAUAAAACACUCUCCAUCCGUUCCUCCAGUUCCUUCCUCCGUCCCUUCGAGUCCCUAAUCGUCCUGGUGAUAAGGCGACAACACACGCAAAACACUUCAACUUCGGCGAAACCAACAAUGUCGGUCGAGAAGGAAACCGUCGAGCACGUCAACAUGGCAAAGUCCAGCUCUUCGGACCGGGAGUCCGGAAUAGACCUGGAGUACGAGAGAAGGAUCAUCCACAAGGUCGAUUGGCGCUUGCUCCCAAUCUUGGGUGGCUUGUACUCGGUGGCCCUGAUCGAUCGUACCAACAUGUCGAACGCCAACAUUGCGGGUAUGAGAGUGGACCUUGAUUUGCAGAUUGGCGCCCGAUACAGCAUUGCCCUGUUGGUGUUUUUCGUACCGUACUUCAUCUUUGAACUUCCCAGCAAUCUUGUUCUUCGGAGGGUGGGCGCGGCAAAGUGGCUCGGUUCCAUUGCGCUGGCGUGGGGUGCCGUCAUGAUCGGAAUGGGCUUCGUUCAGGAUUGGAGGACCUUGGUUGUGUGUCGUACGAUUCUCGGUUUCUUCGAGGCCGGUUUCUUCCCUGGUUGUGUCUACCUUGUCAGCUGCUGGUACUGCCGGUUCGAGGUGCAAAAACGAAUGGCUGGAUUCUACCUGUUCUCCGUCGUCGUCGGUGGCUUCUCGGCCAUCCUGGCCUUCGGUCUCAUGAAGAUGGAGGGUAUCGCUGGCAUCCGUGGUUGGCGGUGGAUCUUCAUCAUCGAAGGUGUCAUCACUUGUCUUCUCGCUCUUCUGGCAUACGUCACCAUCAUCGACUUCCCCGACAAGGUCAUCGAGAAGCGCAACGGCCAGUUCCUUACCGCCGCCGACGUCGAGAUGAUCAAGGCCAGAAUCGACCGCGAUCGUGACGACUCGGCCGCCGAUCCCAUCACCUGGGGCAAAGUUGGAACGCAUCUGUCCGAUUUCAAGCUUUGGGUCUUUGCCGUGCUCUUCAUGUGCUCCACCAUGCCUUCGUACGCCUUCGGAUACUUCCUUCCCAUCAUCUUCGAGGGAAUGGGCUGGACAGCCGAGAAGGCCCAGCUGAUGUCGGCACCCCCCUACGUCUUCGCCUGUAUCGUCGGAUUCCUCUUUGCCGUUCUCGCCGACAAGAUGCGCAUGCGCGGACCUGUCAUCGCGAUGCAGGCAUGCAUCUGCAUCGUCGGCCUUCUGACCACCGCCUAUUCCACAAACGAGGGUGCCCGCUACUUCGGAACCUUCCUGGGUCUGGCCGGCGCACAGGGUAAUGUCCCUGCCAUCCUGUCCUACCAGAGCAACAACAUCCGCAUGAACUCGAAGCGUAGCGUCGGCUCGGCUCUGCAGGUCGGCUUCGGCGCCAUCGGCGGUAUCUUCGCUUCCACCAUCUUCCGAACCGUCGAUGCGCCAAAGUACCUCCCGGGUCUCUGGGCGUCCGUCGCCUGCCAGUUCUUCAUCCUCCUCGCUGUUGCGGGAAUGUCCGUCUACUUCAAGACGAUGAACAAGAAACAGAAAGAGGGCAAGCACAUUGAGAAUCACCCAGACUUUACGUACACGCUAUAAACGGUGUGAAACUCGGUUCGGUCACGCCGGCUGUGAGAUGGGUUAUGGAUAUGGAUGCAUGAUUAUAUUUUGGGAGCAGGGUUUUCUUUGGUUGUUUUUGUUGAUUACUUGCGUGUGUGUGUGUGUAUGUGUGUUUGUGAAUUGACUUCCAUGAUGGAUCGAUAACUAUCUCUGUCAAUAUGAAUCUCGUUCGUUCUACGUAGUAGGUACCAGGGG